CCUUUAUGUAGGAAAAAUGCUGAGCAGGUGAUACUUGAAGAAUCACCGCAAAAAAUGAUGAAACUGCAUGAGGAGAAGAAAGAGGAGGAGGAGACCUGCAGGUGUGGAAAAUGUGAAGUAGGGGAAAAGAAUCGGUGUGGAAAAUGUGAAGAAUUAGAGGAAAAGAAUAAGAAGAAAAAGAAUAUUGUGGAUUAUGAGUAUUCGUCGGGAGAGGAUGACGAUUACGUCUGGCCAAAUGGUGAGCGCAGAAGGACCCGCGAAGAAUGGGCUAGAUAUUAUAAACAAAUUGAGGAAAGCGAGGGAUUUGACGUUGAUCCGUUUACGGGCGAUUUGGAGCUUGGUCUUAGAGGGGCAGAGGAUUAUGAUUCCGAGCCUAUCAUCAAAUGUGCAAAAGCAGCUAUUGAACGUUUUAACAGUGAGAAUAAUACGAGCUAUGAGUUUUUGAAGUUAGAGAAGAUAACUUGCAUUAUUGCAUCGGGAUUGGAGUAUCGUCUUACUUUUCGAGCAGCAGAUGGUGAAACCGAACCCAAAAUGUUCCAAGCUAUAACAUUUCUUGGGAUAGAUGAUAGUAUCAUUGUUGACUUCUGCAGGCUUAAGUCCACUGCUAGUUUGUAAAAGAUAGAUUUCUUAUUAUUUAUAGUGUAAAAAGG